AUGUAUCUUGUUUGCAUCCUUCAUCAUCCCUCCUUUCCCGACGAACGCUCGCCGCGAAGCAGUCAGCUCUUUGUGUCUCCCCCUCCCCAACAAAUCACCAUGCCACCCCGCCAGCGUUGUCAUGUCGACGCCUCCAACUCGGACGAUUCCUUUUCGCCUAGCGAUGACGACAUCAGUGAUGACACCUCCAAUGCCAACGAGGACGUCUUUGACGUAAACGAAGAUGAAGACGGCCCGAGCACCGACGCGACGGACGUUGAAGACCUCCACGAGGAAGCCGAACUUGACGUCGAAGACCAGAUCAUGUUGUUUGGCGGGAAUCUCCGCCCGCCCGACUACUGGCGGAGGGCGGUAGAGGAAAUGAACGAAAGCGAAUUCGAGGGUCAAGAUUACAGUCCUUCGACAACGGCAUUACUAGAUAAUGUUGAGGAGCAGUGGCGCUUAUAUUGUGAAGUCCUCAACCGCGACCCUCGACAUUGCUACAAGACGCUCUCGCUGCGCGUUCCGAUUGCCUAA